CACCACACAGCCCGAGCUCUUCUAGUCCGUCUAGUUUUCCACGUGCCAACAUGCAGACCGAGGAACAUGGCUCUCGGCAAGUUACUGAUUUGGUGAAAUCACCCGGGAAAUUCCGGGUACUUGUUGCUGUGACCGGAAGCGUCGCAUCAUUGAAGCUGCCUCUGUUGGUCUCCCAGCUUCUCCAGCUCUCUGGGGUGGAAGUAAGAGUCGUCACUACGGAGCAUGCCAAGCACUUCUUCAACCCUGCAGACAUUUCUGUAAAAAUCUACAGUGACCAGGAGGAGUGGGAGCUGUGGGCACAGAGAUCUGACCCUGUGCUCCACAUUGAGCUCAGGCGCUGGGCAGACCUUCUUCUCAUUGCUCCCCUGGAUGCCAACACUCUCGGAAAGAUCGCUAAUGGCAUUUGUGACAAUCUGCUGACGUGUGUGGUGAGAGCCUGGGAUACCAAUCGCCCUCUCCUCUUCUGCACUGCGAUGAAUACAGCUAUGUGGCAGCAUCCCAUUACAGCCCAGCAGGUUUCCAGGCUGAAAGAGUUUGGAUAUGUGGAAAUCCCCUGCAUAUUUAAGAAGUUAGCGUGUGGGGAUGAAGGUAAAGGCGGCAUGGCAGAGGUGUCGACUAUUGUCGAUGUUGUGAAGCAGUAUCUUCAGAGAACAGAUGAGUCAUCUGAGAACGCUUGAACGCCACGUCAUGUUGCAGUAACGUGUCAACAAAAACCAAUUCAAAGUCACCACGAUGACCUGUCUUCAAAACCCCACUUUAUCUCAAGACUUGUCCUCUUGCGAUGGCGUGAGCCGACGGCCAUUCAUUUGCAUAUCUUUGACUCUUUCGUUGUUCCCCUUUUCGACAGAGACAUGUCUAUCCCUAAUUUACACUAAACUGUGUGAUGUUCCAUUUCUGUAUACAAAGUAGAAUUUCAUUGAUGACUUAAUGAAGCUGACACACAUGAGCUGAGAAAUGCAGUUUUGGCCUUUACAGUGUGUUUACAGUCUAAAUGUCUGUCUGCCACACACAUCUGUCUUGUCACUCCAACUCCAAGAAUGUUCACUAUGCAUGUCAUCCUUGUUUCACCUUGAAAGAAGUUGGUUUGGAACCAGUGCCUUGGAAGUGUGUGGAGUAAUGUGCUCCUUGGAAGAAGCUUGAUCAAUACAGAAAUAAUCAAUGCAGUUAUGGUCACUGUGGUUAUAGCUUUCACAUUGGAAUUGUGUCUUUUAUAACAGAAGGAUGAAUAUAAAUGUUGUCAUUAUUUAAAGUAAAGUACAAAACAUUGGAUUAAAAAUACUGUUUACAAAGUU